CCCCUCCCCCCGGAGCCCGCCAGGGGUCGCUGAGGGGCCUUCCCCGGCCGCCAUUUUCCGGCCGGGUGCGCGCAUGGCGGCGGCGCCGGGCGCCUCCCGGGAGCUGCUGGCCGCGGGGCGCCGCUCAGGGCUAGAAGAAACAUUACUGAUUAAUUCUAAACAUAGCAGCAAGAAGGCCACAACUUUACAGACGGUUAGGAUGCCAAGGAGUAAUGUUUUGGACAGAGUACAGAGCUUUUUACCACAGAUGGCGCAUGCAAAUGAUGAGCUAAGAAGAAAAAUGGUAACAGCACCAGCUCAUCAAUUUGAUAUUGAAAAUCUAGACGACGCCACAGAAAAAGUUAUAGAAAUGAACGUGGCUGUAGUUGAACUGAGUGGUUCUGAUACAGAUGAAGAGAUACUAACUUCAGAAGAUGACUCGGAAUCUGGAGAUGACUGUACAAGUGAUGAAGUGACAAUACACAACAUUAAGUUUCCUAAACCAAAGGGAGAAAAGGGCAAAAUAGAAAUUUUGGACAGCAAAGUGAAUGAGUAAAUCCAUUUUUAUUUUACUUUUUUUAAAAAGAAAAACCAACUAUGUUUUCUUUCUUUGACAGUUUGGCCCUUAAAACUACCUUGUUUCCCAAUGUGACGUUUUCCAAAAUCACAUAAAAUGCUAUAGUUUACAUAGAGGAGAAUUCAGGAUCUACUCAUGGCUCUGAGGCAAGCUGCAUCUCUGAAGAUUAAGUACUGUCUUAUUCAUCAAACAAAAUGGAAAUUCCAAGCUUCAUCAUGAGAUUAGACAAAGAAAGUGGCUAGAAUUUGGGGCACUUGAACAGGAAGGCGUGCUGCAGAGCUAGUUAAGAACUGUUACUUUGUUGAAUAAAGAUUUUUGUAGCAUUCUGUAGUGUUCUUAAAAUAAAUAUUUGCUUCAAGGGGAGGAAAGAGGUAACUAGGAGAAAAAUAUUUUUUUAAUAUGGUGUCCUGUGAAAUGUUAUGUACCAUGUCUUCAAUAUUAAACGUUAUCUUAAAGUA